GUUUAUCUUAUUUUAUCUUCCCCGUCUUUCACUGAUUGUAUUCUCUCUUGUUGACCGCCGUCCUCUAUCUACGACUGUAAAUUCAUCAUCUCAUCUUGGUCACUAUUAAGGGUCUCCGUCGUUGGCCUAGAAGAUUGACUUCUUGAUUAGUCGAAGCCACCAAGUGUGUAUUGACUAAGAAAAAGGACCACAUUUUAGAAUUAUUGUCCGAAUACAUCUUCGUUGCUGAGUGUCAUCGCUAAACUCUGUCGUCAUGGAACCACCUAUUCCCGCGUCCUUCAACGCUAUACAUGCUGCCUCUUUGGCUACGAUUUCUAAAUACACUCAGUACGCUGCAGGACCUGCAUCUACUGUCCGCGCUACGGAACAUCCUGCCCGCCAACUUUCAGACCUGUCGGCCAACUUGUCAUCAUCAACCGCCAACUCAACGAGUGCAGAAUCUCCAGACUCCUCCGACUCAAAUUCGGUGACUUCGCCAUCUAUCCAGACCCAACAACUGGUAGUGGAACUGGCAAGACUCCAUAAGAACAGUGACAGUGUGCUCGAUCCACAGUUGGACUCUCGCUCCGAUUCGGCCUCACCGACAUUGACUAACCAGAGUCAGUCAGACAAGCUUUCACCUGUUGUACGACAGCCCUGCGAGAACUGUCAUACACUCGAUACCCCCCUAUGGAGAAGAGACUCGGAAGGACAUCCAGUUUGUAAUGCCUGUGGUUUGUACGCGAAAGCUGGCAAAGGGCGUCGACCUGCGACUGCAUCUGCUACUUUAGUCUCCCAUAGCCCAGGCUCAUCUGAAAGCCAAACAACACCAGUCCCGAACGGUGAAUCAGCGUCAUCGCUUUCCGCUCCUGCUGCUGGUCCGCCAGCUAACAAUAAUAACAUUUCUCCAGCUCGAUCUCCUCCAUCAGUGUCAUUCUUCAAUUCACAUCAACUUCCUCACCCUGCGCUUGGCCCUCCGCACAGUUCAUCAUCGUCAGGACUUCAUCUUCCUCAUCAACUUUCCCCUGUUGUUUCAGGAUCUUCGGCCAGCACUAACCCAAUAGGCGUUCCUCCUGCUGAUCCUGCCCCAGCUGUAAUAGGUCCAGGUACCUGUCCCGGUGACGGCCGCUGCGACGGAACAGGUGGUUCGAAAACGUGUUCAGGCUGUCCAACGUUUAACAACAACGUUAACAACGCUUUCACAAUGUGUGCGAGGGUUGAAGAAGGUGAUCGAAAAAGGAGUCCUGCGACUUCUCAACAACAACACUCACAACAUUAUACGACUGGUGUUGCAACCUCUCUGCAUCAUCCAAUGCCGCCGCAACAAAUAUCACAACAUACGGGUUCUGCGACUGCCGCGGGAGCCUCGCCUUCGAUGAUGGGUGGAGUCACUCCUGGCGGUGAUGGUUCUGGAUCUGUAGACCCUAAUAAUCACAACGGGGGCGGUGGUGGUCCUACUGGAUCUGGCAACACAAAUAAUUUCGGAGGUGGCGAUGGGUCUGGUGGAGGACCCGGUACCCCGGGUGGAGGAAAUGGAAACAACAAUUCGAGGAAGGUUCGCGCUGCCGUUGGCGCGUUGUGCUGUGCAAAUUGUGGGACGAGUGCGACGCCGCUAUGGAGGAGAGAUGACGUCGGUAACAAUAUCUGUAACGCUUGCGGCCUUUAUUUUAAACUUCACGGUACUCAUCGCCCAACAUCCAUGAAAAAGACCGUCAUCAAACGACGGAAACGUGUCCCUGCAGCAGCCGGAACCGGCCCACCAAUACCUAUGCGAAUGACCGAUCAGGCGGCCGCAGAGGCUUUGGUCGCUGUCGGUCGGGCGGGCGGGAGUUCUGCACCUGGGGAGGAAAGCGAUGAUCAUGAGGCGCUAGAAGGUGAACAACCUAAAAAGAAACGGGCGAGAAAGAGCAAAGGGGAGGGGGUUUACGAGGGAGACCUUCAUCAAUGGACUGGAGAAGGUGGUUCGCCUUCUAUGCAUCAUCAUCCAAUCCAUCGCCCCCAUUCGAUACCUCCAAUGGGAUUUAUGCACCCUUCCCUCCAACGUCCUGGAUCUUCCUCGUUCAAUCAUGGCGGUGGAAUGCUCCCUGGUAUUAAUUCGAUGGAUGUAUCUGGUGGUGACCCUUCAAAAGGUCUUGGAGGAAUGGUGUUCGUCCCUGGAGGACCGGGAGUACCUGGCACUGCAGCUGUAGCAGGUGGUUCUAACAGCCCGGGCUACAUACGAUCCGGUUCCCCUCAUGUCCAUUCGCCUUCAAAUGGACAGCACUCCGGUGUCUUGGUCCUCCCUUCACCCCAGGGACCUGGCGGGAUGUUCCAGCCACUCGAUGUUCCAGGAGGAUCCGGCACAGGGUCUACCAUGGUUGCCGUUCUUCCCGGGACUACAUUCGCUUUGAUACCCUCUGUAUCUGAGCUCGAGCGGCAUUAUGCCGAGCUUCGGGACCAGAAGAUGCGAAUGGAGGAAAUACUUGAGAGGACAGAAAAAAUGAUGCAGGGCAUCAAGAGGGGGAUAGAUGAGAUGCGCGGUGGCGAUAGUGGGGAAGCGAGACCGUCGUCAGCUGCUCCUGGGUCAACGCCGGCGCCCUCAGCACCGAUACAACGUCCGCCGUCAAGCUCAGUUAGCGAAAAGGAUCGAAGAGAAAGUGUUUGGACCGUCGUCGACGCGACAAAUCGAGGGAACGAAUGAGUGCGUUUCUUUUAUAUGUUACUCCCGUUUGUUUCGCUUUUGGAUGAUUUUAUUGUCUGUCUUGUAUUUCAUCAAACUUCUGUGGUCAGAGGGCUAUAGUUGCGCACCUCUACUUUUAUAUUUCGAAACAGUACAUAAUAAUUAUCUACGUAUCUUAUGUUUUAUUUUUGUUUUCCAGUUCCUUUUCUUCUUUUAUAUUGUAUGCUAUG